AUCUUAUUUCCGGGCGCUGCCGCCGGCCGAAGAGUUAUUGGAGGUGGGCUUCGACGACAUAACUUUCGACUCUGGCCGCUGCUGGCAGGGCGCCAGCCAGAACAUUCGGCUGCGCUAUCGGCCGUUGGCGCCCGGUGGCCUUGGCAGCCUGGUUCGGGCGCCGCCCGGCUCGGAAGCACCGCCGUCGGGCUCCGGCCUGCGGCCCGAGCCCCAUGACCAAUUCUCUUGGCUCGACGGUGUGGCGGCGCAGUGGAUGAGCGACGUGCGAGACGAGUUCACGCUCCGGCUCACUCAACCUGCCGCAGGUUGCGCCGACUCUGAGCGGCGCAGGGAUCGUCCGCAAUCCAGCGGCUGCGAUACUUGUUCUCCAGUCGAACUACGGGCGCAAGAGGACGCGAAGUGUCUGGCCGGCAUGCGGAAUCCACAUUUCGCGUGCGGCGUCUGGCCGCAGCUGCGGUACGGCAUGCGGCUAGUGCUGGCGGCGCUGGUCAAGGCGCGGCACGCUGACGCUUCACUUGCUAACCUGGCGGCUGCCUGCGGCCACGCGCCAACCAGGGAGCCGCCGAGCGACUCAGCGAUCAAGCGAGUCCGUGCCGAGGAGGCAGUGCUCCAGACAGGCGACCCGGACAAGCCGCUGGCCGAGUGGUUGGAGCACGGGGCGCCCAUGGGCAUCGCCCGCGCCAUCGAGCCAGGGUCUUUGUUUCCAGUGCGGGAGUCUGCAGCAGAGUCCACGCUGGACGAGGACGCUCUGGCUUCUGCUUACCACGGCAAUCACCCUUCAUUCAGUGACGCGCGCGGCAAACCGGUGCCACCGACGCAAGAUCUCAUCCGUGGUUAUCUGCAGAAGGGCUAUGGUAUCCAGUAUUCUUCCGCCAGGCGCCGCGGGUUCGCGACGCUGAAGCAGGCCCGCGCCCUAUGCGGAAAGGCGGCGCGAAUCGCUCAGGUGGUGCCCGCUGCUUCGCCCUUUGCAGGUGCGCUGUUGGCAGCUCUCGGCGGUGCCACGCGUGCCGCGGACCGCGGGCGCCCGGAAGCGCCGCCGGGCCAGGUAGCUGUGCAGCGUUUCUUCACAGCCGCCGGCUGGUUCAGAGCGUUGGUCGAGCCGGACAAUCUGGGCCCUGCGGCCCCUACGAAACUAUUCCCUCUACAACGAGUUGUUUACGCAUCGCCAGACCUGGUUCGAUUAGGUAGGUCGAAGUUCCACGUCGAGUUCGAUGCGUCCCUUUGCGGCGGCGGCGCCGUUCUGAUGGCCGGUUUCCGACCGAUCGAGUACUUCGCCGUUUCUUGGGACGAGAACGUAGUGAGCAUGUUCGAG